AUGCCCCUCCUUGGCGUCGUCCUCUGGGUCACCCUGCUGACGCUGGGCUGGCGGGCGGCCCACGCCAAGGACUACAUCUUUGCCACACCGAGGGUGCAGCUCUCCUUCAAAGAGCUGAAGGCCACCAGCACAGCUCACUUCUUCAACUUCCUGCUCAACUCCACGGACUACCGCAUCCUGCUGAAGGACGAGGACCAUGACCGCAUGUACGUGGGCAGCAAGGACUACAUCCUCUCGCUGGACUUGCACGACAUCAACCGAGAGCCCCUCAUCAUUCACUGGCCCGCGUCCCAGCAGCGGAUCGACGAGUGCAUCUUGUCGGGGAAGAACAACGACGGCGAAUGUGGCAACUUCAUCCGCCUGAUCCAGCCCUGGAACCGGACCCACCUGUACGUCUGUGGCACUGGCGCCUACAACCCCAUCUGCACCUUUGUCAACAGGGGGCGCAAAGCACAGGCCUUUGCGCUGACCCAAAGCGUCCAGCCGGGAGGACGGGGAAGCCGAGCCGCUGACUCCUCCCACAGCCCGACACCAGCAGAACGCAAGGAUUAUAUCUUCUACCUGGAGCCGGAGAAGCUGGAAUCAGGGAAAGGGAAGUGCUCCUAUGACCCCAAGGUGGACAGCGUCUCAGCCUUGAUAAAUGAGGAGCUCUAUGCCGGCGUCUACAUUGACUUCAUGGGCACGGACGCGGCCAUCUUCCGCACCAUGGGCAAGCAGACAGCCAUGAGGACUGACCAGUACAACUCCCGCUGGCUGAACGACCCAGCGUUUGUUCACGCCCAGCUCAUCCCGGACAGCGCCGAAAGGAACGACGACAAGCUUUACUUCUUCUUCCGAGAGAAAUCAGCUGAUGCCCCGCAGAGCCCUGCUGUCUACUCCCGCAUCGGGCGCAUCUGCUUGAAUGACGAUGGAGGUCACUGCUGCCUUGUCAAUAAAUGGAGCACGUUCCUGAAAGCCCGGCUCAUCUGCUCCGUGCCGGGGCCUGACGGGAUCGAAACGCACUUUGAUGAACUCCAGGACGUGUUCAUCCAGCAGACCCAGGACGUGAAGAACCCCAUCAUCUACGCCGUGUUCGCUGCCUCUGGGUCCGUGUUCAAAGGCUCCGCUGUGUGCGUGUACUCCAUGGCCGACAUCCGCAUGGUCUUCAAUGGGCCCUUCGCCCACAAGGAGGGACCCAACUACCAGUGGAUGCCAUACACGGGCAAAAUGCCCUAUCCACGCCCGGGCACCUGCCCAGGAGGCACCUUCACCCCCUCCAUGAAGUCGACCAAGGAUUAUCCAGACGAGGUGAUCAACUUCAUGCGCUCGCACCCGCUGAUGUACCAUGCCGUGUACCCCGUGCACCGCCAGCCGCUGGUAGUGCGCAGCAACGUGCACUACAAGUUCACCACCGUGGCUGUGGACCAGGUGGACGCAGCCGACGGGCGCUAUGAGGUGCUUUUCCUGGGCACAGAUCGUGGCACAGUCCAGAAGGUGAUCGUCCUCCCCAAGGACGACCUGGAGACCGAGGAGCUGAUGCUGGAGGAGGUGGAAGUGUUCAAGGUUCCAGCCCCCAUCAAGACCAUGACCAUCUCCUCUAAGAGGCAACAGCUGUACGUGGCCUCGGCCAUAGGAGUGACCCACCUGGCCCUGCACCGCUGCGACGUGUACGGGGAGGCUUGUGCCGACUGCUGCCUGGCCAGGGACCCCUACUGCGCCUGGGACGGCAAGGCCUGCUCCCGCUACUCAGCAUCCUCCAAGAGGCGGAGCAGGCGCCAGGAUGUCCGGCACGGUAACCCCAUCCGCCAGUGCCGGGGCUACAACUCCAACGCCAACAAGAACACGGUGGAAGCCGUCCAGUACGGGGUGGAGGGCAGCACGGCCUUCCUGGAGUGCCAGCCCCGCUCCCCGCAGGCCACCGUCAAGUGGCUGCUCCAGAAGGACAACAGCGACCGGCGGAAAGAGCUGCGCAUGGAGGGCCGGGUGCUGCGGACGGACCAGGGACUGCUCCUGCGCUCCCUGCAGCUCUCAGACAGCGGUCUCUACUCCUGCACGGCCACCGAGAACAACUUCAAGCACACGGUGGCCAAGGUGCAGCUGCACGUGCUGAGCAGCGAGACCGUGCACAGCGUGCUCUUCCAGUCAGAGGCGCCCGCCCUGCAGGCUGACGGCGACGUCUCCGCCUCCGCCUCCGCGCUGGGCAUGCGGGCUGGCCUCCCUGGUGCCCCCGGCCCCCACUACCAGGACCUGGUGCAGCUCCUCACCCAGCCUGAAAUGGGACUCAUCAACCAGUACUGCCAGGGCUACUGGCGGCAUGCAGCCUCCAGCCACAAGGAGGCACUGGCCAGCCUCAAAGCCAAGGAGCUGCAGGACGAGAAGAAGCCUCGAAACCGCCGGAAUCACCAGCCAGACGUGGACCAGCUCACAUGA